AUGGGUGGUGAGGAGCACGAUGGCGCCUCCGUCCAGGAGCAGCUCAUCGCCGCGUGCCGCGGCAACAACACAGAGCUCCUCGAGGAGCUCCUCGAGGGCAGGCCCGACGCCGAGAUCACCCGCCUCCUCAACGAGACCACCACCGUCCUGGGCAACCACCUCUACCACGAGGCCGCUCUCCGCGGCAACUACGAAAUCAUAGACCUCCUCCUCGACCAGCCCGAGUUCGAAUGCGACCCCGUCACCCGCACCGAUGGCGACACCCCCCUCCACUCCGCCAUCCGCUGGAUCAACUCGGAGCCCCCCGCCCAGCGCGACUUCGGCAAGGCCCUCGUCGAGAUGAUGCUCGAGGCCGGCUCGAAUCCCAGGGUCAAGAACAAGGGCGGGCUCACCGCCGUCCAGCUCGUCGACCCCACCAACAACGAGCUCAAGGACGUCAUCCGCAAGCACGAGUUCGCCUCUUUGAACGCCGGCGACUACGUGAAUGUGGAGGACGACAAGCCCAAGGGCAAGAAGGGGGCUGCUGCCCCCGUCCAGCCCGAAGAGAGUGACGACGAUGCCGAGUUCAGUGGCAGUGACGAAGAGGAACGGAUAGAAUUCGAGCGGAGGAGGAAGGAGAAACGCGGUUACUAG